CCCACCUCCAUGCUUCCGUACCUUGUUCCGCGAUAGGCAAGCAACUGUACCGGAUGAAGUAUAAGUAGAGCCGUCAGCUUUCCAUCCACGCUGUCCGCCCCGUACAGCUGCCUCUUCCACAAUAUGACAUCCUUACUUCAAUUGGUAGCGUUAGUGGCUCUAUGUUCGCCCUUAUUCGGUGUCGAGGCUUCGAAGCUCGAUAAUCGCGGUGUGCCUGCUGAGCCUACCGGCGUCAAGACAAUCACGUCUAAACAAGGCGCGAAAAUCCGAUACAAGCAGCCCGGAAAGGAAGGGAUAUGUGAGACAAAAGAGGGCGUAGAUGAUUACUCCGGAUACAUCAGUCUUAAUGAAAAGGAAAACAUGUUCUUUUGGUUCUUCGAGGCCCGAGAGAAUCCAUCCGAGAAACCGUUGACGCUGUGGCUCAACGGUGGCCCAGGAUCUGACUCAUUGAUUGGCUUGUUCGAAGAACACGGCCCUUGUAAUGUAUCCAAAGAUCUGAAGACACAUUGGAACCCAUACUCUUGGAACGAGGCUUCGAACAUGCUCUAUCUUUCCCAACCUAUUGGCGUGGGUUUCUCAUACGAAGAAGCCGUCGUUGGCAGCUACAACCAAAGCGGCGACUUUCUCAAUGCGACCGAAGCCCCUCCAGACGGUCGCUAUUCGUUCGUGGACCCAGACUUCCACAACACGACUGAUGCAUCAGCCAUCGGAGCUUGGCAUAUCUUGCAGGCGUUCCUUGACUUGUCGCCGCAAUUAGAUCCAGAUAUCACCAAUUUCACUUUCAAUCUUUGGACAGAGAGCUACGGGGGUCAUUAUGGCCCCGCAUUCUACAACUACUUCUACCAGCAAAAUCUCGCAAUCGAAAAUGGUAGCAUCCCCGGUGUUCCUCUCCAGAUGGAUACGCUUGGAAUAAUCAACGGCAUCGUAGAUGAGGAGAUCCAGGCCCCUUACUACCCAGAGUUCGCGGUCAACAACACGUACGGUAUCAAGGCCGUCAACGACACUAUCUACAGCUAUAUGAAGCUUUCAUACACUAUGCCCGGAGCCUGCCGUGAUUAUAUCACUGCCUGCAAAGGAGCAGACCGCAGCACUCCGGACGGACAGGAGACUUGUUCAUACGCAACGUAUCUCUGCCGCUCAUUCGUCGAAGAGCCAUACUACGAAUUUGGCGGACGAGGCGUCUAUGACAUCCGACACCCUAUCGACGACCCAACUCCUCCUGGAUACUGGCCCGAAUUUCUCAACCUAGCCUCAACGCAAAACGCAAUCGGCGUCGACAUCAACUACACCAGCACAAGCAGCCAGUACGUUGGCGCCGGCUUCUCCUCAACCGGCGACUUCGUCUUCCCGAACUUCAUCGAAGAUCUCGAAGAGAUCCUGGCCUAUGGCGUCCGCGUUGCACUCAUCUACGGCGACGCGGAUUACAUCUGCAACUGGUUCGGCGGCGAAGCCAUCUCUCUCGCACUGAACUAUACGCACAAAGCCGAAUUCGCCGCGGCUGGCUACACGCCCUUCCUCGUUGACAAUGUCGAGUAUGGAGCUGUGCGCCAAUACGGCAACUUCAGCUUCACGCGCGUCUACGAGGCUGGGCACGAGGUACCGUACUACCAGCCUAAGGCAGCGCUGGAGCUGUUUAGGAGGGUAUUGGGGGACUUAGUGAUCAGCGAUGGGAGUAAGGCUGUGACGGGAGAUUAUUCAACAAAUGGCACAGCAAAGGCGACGCAUACGGAAGCGUAUGUGCCGUUGCCGAGUGGGACGGCGGCAUAA